AACGUUUCACAAUAAUAAAAGUAUCCGACCUCACAGCCGAGGAGCGGUGUUGUGUUGAUGAUGUUCAUCUCUGAGUUUCUCGGCUGACACGACUCUCAGAUGAACAACUUAACCGGUGCAUGUUCGAGUUCUAUGCGAUGCGUGUCAGGGGUUGUUCAGACCACCCAGCGUCCCACGUUAGGUUGCAAUACAUGGCUGUUUACCUGCUCGCUGUUUCCUCGUUCUAGUUAACAGUCACACCUUGCAGCCAGUGGUGUACGAAUGCGUUUAUGGGGGUUCGUUAUAAAUGAACGGAUAUGAAUGUAGACGUUGACAACACGCGUGAAAUCGUUGUUAAACGUGUUUCUUCCCAAAAGAGAGCUAGGGACGCCGAGAGGAGUCAUUUCACUCCAGCCAAAAAGCGGCCGAGUGCUGUUGAGCACAGCACAGUAGCUCAGAUCAGGACGGAGGGGAGCACAGCCACAGAGCAGUGCUGCAGUGACCAUGAGGAUUUUUUUGAUGGCUAUGACAGCAUCAUGGGUGACAGCUCCUUCCUCGCCAAGCUGGAUGAUGUGGAACUGAAAGCAGAACAUGAAAAUGUGUGUUUUGACCCCCCUGCUGCUAAAAGCAUUAUUAAGCAUUCACGUGAUGAUGAUCUCACUGACUCUAUCUUCACAGAGGAUUUCCCUGAUACGUCACUGAGAGAUUUGCCGAGCUCUCAGCUUGCAUUUCAUCAAGAUGUGGCAAACCCAAAAAGACAGCCUGGUGUUGGCAUGGAGAACACUUCUACUCCAGACAUUAAACACUCAAAACAGCCCCCCGUUCCUGCCCUUCAUCAUAAGAAAACAGCCUCAAAAGCUAGAAGAAGUAUGACAGACCAGCUAAAGAAGGCGAUGCUGGAAAAUGCAGGCACAUCCAGCAAGGUCUCCAAGACGGCUCAGCACAAAGAAGCUGUGAUGAGUGAAGAAAUUAGUGUUGCCAUGCAGGUGUUUGAAUCCGUAUCCAUGGAAGGGGACCUUGGUCCUUUUUUUGGGCUUCCAUCCAAAGUCAAGGAUUUAAUCAUGAGACUGAAAGGAAUCCAGGACUUGUAUGACUGGCAGAAAGCAUGUCUGGACUUGGACUCCGUGAAACAGAGAAAGAACCUUAUCUACUCUUUACCAACCAGUGGUGGGAAGACCCUGGUGGCAGAAAUUCUCAUUUUCAAAGAGCUUCUUUGUAGAAAGAUGGAUGCACUGCUGAUCUUACCGUAUGUAGCCUUGGUGCAAGAAAAGGUUCGAGGACUGGCUAGUUUUGGUAUUGAGUUGGACUUCAUGGUGGAGGAGUAUGCUGGGAGUAAGGGAAAGUUCCCUCCAGUGAAAAGAAGAACCAAGAAGUCUCUUUACAUCACCACAAUCGAGAAAGGCCACAGCCUUGUGAAUUCACUCAUUGAGACAAACCGACUGGACAGUAUUGGGCUUGUUGUGGUAGAUGAGCUCCACAUGCUUGGCGAUGGCAGCAGAGGGGCCAUUCUUGAAAUGACUUUAGCAAAAGUGCUGUACAUCAACAAGAACACCCAAAUAAUUGGAAUGAGCGCAACCUUGGGCAACAUUAGAGAUCUUCAGAGAUUCUUAAAAGCUGAGAAUUAUACCAAUGACUUCAGACCUGUUGAGCUGAAAGAGUAUGUGAAGCUCAGGGACAGUAUUUAUGAAGUUGACCCGAAGGAGGAGCAGUGCUUCAAGUUCUCUCGUCUUCUAGAUUUUAAGUACUCCAGUGGAAUGCAAAAGAUGGACCCAGAUCACAUUAUUGCUCUGGUUACUGAAGUGAUACCACAGCAGUCCUGUUUGAUUUUCUGUGCAACCAAGAAGAACUGUGAGAAUGUAGCUGCUAUGAUCUGCAGAUAUUUGGAGAAAAACUUCCUGGUGCACAAACAGAAAGAAAAGGCCACUCUGCUCGCUGAACUGAAAAACAGUGGGAAUGGGUCCCUGUGUCCAGUGCUGCAGAAAACCGUGCCUUAUGGCCUGGCCUACCACCACAGCGGCCUGACCAGUGAUGAGAGGAAGCUGGUGGAGGAGGCAUAUUCCUCUGGGGUUCUGUGCCUCCUUGCCUGCACAUCUACUCUGGCUGCAGGCGUCAACUUGCCUGCCCGCAGGGUGAUACUCCGCUCCCCUUAUGUGGGUGUAGACUUCUUAAAGAGGAGUCAGUACAAACAGAUGGUGGGAAGAGCAGGGCGUGCUGGUAUUGAUUCAGUUGGUGAAAGUAUUCUCAUCCUACAGGAGAAAGACAAAGAAAUGGUUAAGAACUUAGUGUCUGCACCAAUGGAGAAAUGUUACAGCAACUUGUUACAUGAUGGAAGUAAGGGUCUUCUGAGCCUCAUUCUCUCCCUUAUUGGCCUUAAUAUAACCCGGACAGUGGAGCAGGUCACCGACUUCAUGUCUGGAACUUUACUCAGUGUCCAAGAGACUCAGGCUUGUCAGCAAAAAAGCCUAAAGGAGCUCACAGUGGAUUCCAUAGAGGUACUGAAACAGAAGGGUCUCAUUGAAGCUCUUUCAACUAUAACUGAUGAACCUAGUCUGCAAGUCACCAGGCUUGGAAAGGCAACGUAUAAAGGAUCGGUGGACCUAAGCUAUUGUGAUAUCCUCUACAGAGACUUAUCAAAAGGUCUGGAGGGUCUGCUGCUCAACAGCUUCCUGCACUUGGUCUACCUGGUCACUCCUUAUGACAUGGUUUCCCAAAGCAAACCAGACUGGAUGCUGUAUUUCACACAGUUCACCAAGUUGUCCACUGCUGAACAAAAAAUGGCAACCACAAUAGGGGUGCCUGAAAGCUUUGUGGCUAGGAAAGCAGCUGGACAGAGCGUGAGGAAGAGUAUGGAUGCUUUGGUGGUGAACAGGCUGUACUUGGCAUUGGUACUAUAUUCACUGCUGAGGGAGACCAGCCUAUGGAGCAUCUCUGAUAGGUUCCAGCUGACUAGAGGCUUUGUUCAGACACUUCUCAGUUCAGCCUCAGCUUUCUGCUCCUGUGUGCUGCACUUCACAGAGGAGCUGGAGGAGUUCUGGGCCUAUAAAGCCCUCCUUACAGAGUUGACCCGCAGGCUGACCUACUGUGUACAGACUGAGCUCAUUCCGCUCAUGGAGGUAGCUGGAGUCAUGGAGUUUCGGGCAAAGCAGCUCUACAAUGCUGGGUACAAGACACUGGCUCAUCUUGCCAAUGCUGACCCAAAUGUACUGGUCAAAAAAGUGGAGAACCUCUUUAAGAGGCAAGCCAGUCAGAUUGUGGCUUCUGCAAAGAUGCUGUUACAAGAGAAAGCAGAGGCCCUGCAGGAGGAGGUCGACGACCUGCUUAUGCUACCUGUUGACCUGCCAUCAGUGUAAAUCUGUCUAUAAUGUAAUUUUAUAUGCAUAUUUAUUUGAGCUUUUUAUAAAUAUUCAUUGCUGCUGUGGCCAUGCGGCUAACCUAAAUAAAAGAC